AAAAUGGAAGAUGAAUCUAGCACUCUACGAUGCCAACCGUGUGAAGCUGUAUGAUAUAUGGAGUAAAUGUUGCCCAAUAUUCUGUGUUUGUUGUAUCGAUGACAUUAAUUUUUAUGUUCAUGAUGUUAAGUCAGGAAACCGAUUAAGUCCAAGAAUUUACAAGAAGUGGGCUGGAUGGGUCAGAGAAUGUUGUACCAGAGCUGAUUUGUUAGUUUGUGAAUUUCCAGGAAUGGACGUUAAGGAAAAAGCUUUGUUUGUCUGUGUGUGCUUCAUGAUCGAUGUUAUGGUAUUUGAACCACAGAAGAAGAAUAACAACUAGACUUUUAAACCAAAGAACAAUUGAUUACUUGAAAAAAAACCAAUUGUAAUAUGUUUGCCUACAAUGCAAUUAUCAAAUUCAAGUUGUUGUGUGCUUUUGUGAGGAAAACUUAAAAUAUUCACUGAAGCAUAAUCAAGAGCAUAUUUCAGUUACACGUAGAGGACAUGAAAGGCAAAUUGUCACGUUCUGUAAAAAUGGGAAAUACAAUCUUAAAUGUUAACCCUUUUAAAGUGUAGGUCCAGUCAUUGAAGAAAUCAAAAAUCCUUUCAAAUUCAUAUUCAGCAUACCGCUUUUCCUAACAAAAUAUAU